CGCGCCCCUGUGGAAGGACGGCAGAGGAGAGCCGUUUCACCAGCCUCUCCCCUGCUGGGGUCUCGGGAAACACGCGGUAAUCACCGAAGAACCCCGCACUCUGUGAGAGGCGAGGCUGCGGGGUUGCCGGGACAUUUUGAGGACCGGGCUCGGCCGGGGAGACUCCAACCUUCACCCUCCCUGGCCCCCGGUCCCACUUCCCGCCUUCUCCCGGCGCCGCCACUUCAGGCAGCCCACUCGGCCCGGCCUCUCCCCGCGCCCGGACCACCCCCCACGGGGUGCUCUCACUGCGCAGCGAGUCCCUCCGCUGCCUCCUCCCAGCCCAAAAUGGCGGCGAUGGCCGCCGAUCUUCUCGUCGCCUUCCUCAAAGGCCAAGGAUCCCUCCGCGCAUACUGCCCCGCCCAUCUUAGCCGGAUCUCUUUUCUGCCCCGUAAAGAUUAACGCCAUCAAUGAACUCUUUAACUGAGUUCGGAGAAGGCGGGUCCAGUUGUGCCUCCUCACAGCUAAUCGUUGCCAAAAGUGAGAAUAUUGGCAGAAGGCUUAACCAAUCAAAGAAGGCAGCGAUGCACGCGCGUUCUGUCCCCGCGCAAGGGUAGAUGGGUUUUGGAGUCUCGGGUGUGGCUGUUGACGUGACAGGCGCUUGGAUCGCUUUUCAGGCUAAAAGAACUACAAUCCCCAGCAGGCACCGCGCGUCCAGGCUUUCUCCUCCCCCCAUCUUAGUGGCCUGAGCGGCUUGACCACAGCUGCUGCAACUGCAGCAAGAGGUAGGGCUGAGGCGUUGGGAAUUGCACCGACAGGCAGUCGCACAGAAAGACACAGAGAUGUAGUGGUGUGCAUAGCCCUUGACAGCGAAUAGGUCAGUUCCACUUUUGCAAAACCUCUUUCCAUGACUCUCUCCCCUCUUCCAAGAAAUCCAUCCUUAUCCCAGUUGGGUUUCCCGCUCAGCUGCAUGUAGCGCAAAGACCUCUUUCCCCUUUCCCCUGUUUCCCUUUCUGAGAGGAAGGAGGGAGGCAGGCCAUGACCUUAGAGGAAAAGGCCUCAGCACUAGGCUUGGCCCAGGUCCCAGCUGUGCUUCUGGCCUUUGGAGCCCAGCCUGGGGAGAAGGUUGGGGGUGCAGGGCUGCAUCAAGAUUGAGGCCCCUGGAGACAGUGGGAAAGGACUCCUGAGCUUGCUCCAUGUUCUCCCGUGGCGGCAGCAGCUCCGCUGCACUCCCAGCCUUCCCAGGCAGUCCUCCUUUUCCCCUUUGGUGGUUGGGGAAACAGAGCUUACACCCGGCUUCCUGGCUGCCAGUCUGGGCCUCGAUGACUUCCAGGAGGACAGUACAGGACAUGAACCCUGGUGAGAGACCCGAGGAACAGGACAGGGAAAACGGCCCCUGAAUCCCAUUUGGCCCCUUGCUGGCUGGAGGUGUGAAAACCAGUGGUGGAGGCAGCCUUCGGGGCCUGCAUUUGAGAAUAAGGGUAUGAAGAGCUGGGGUACAAAAUGGCUGCCGCUGCCUGGGCAAACAAUUCUGGACAGCCAGAGUCUUCCUGAGAACGUUCCUUCAGGACUUGGGUUUCUGAUGUUGUUCAAAGCAGGUGUCACUAGUUCCAGGUGUCUGCUGAAAGAUUUGGAACGGAAGAUGAUGGCCACUCCGAACCAGACCGCCUGUAAUGCAGAGUCACCAGUAGCCCUGGAGGAGGCCAAGACCUCUGGUGCCCUGGGGAGCCCCCAAACACCCCCUGGGCCUCAUGACUCUGGUGGUUCCCUGCCCCUGACACCCCGGAUGGAGAGCCACUCAGAGGAUGAAGAUCUUGCUGGGGCUGUCGGUGGCCUGGGCUGGAACAGUAGGAGUCCCCGGACCCAGAACCCAGGGGGCUGCUCAGCGGAGGCUGUGCUGGCCCGGAAGAAACACCGUCGGCGGCCGUCGAAGCGCAAACGGCACUGGCGACCCUACCUGGAGCUGAGCUGGGCUGAGAAACAACAGCGGGAUGAGAGGCAGAGCCAGAGGGCCUCCCGGGUCCGCGAGGAGAUGUUCGCCAAAGGUCAGCCCGUGGCCCCCUACAACACCACCCAGUUCCUGAUGAAUGACCGAGACCCGGAGGAGCCCAACUUGGAUGUGCCCCAUGGGAUCUCCCACCCAGGUUCCAGUGGGGAGAGUGAGGCCGGGGACAGUGAUGGGCGGGGCCGAGCGCAUGGUGAAUUCCAGCGGAAGGACUUCUCUGAGACUUACGAGCGCUUCCACACGGAGAGCCUGCAGGGCCGCAGCAAGCAGGAGCUGGUGCGAGACUACCUGGAGCUGGAGAAGCGGCUGUCGCAGGCAGAGGAGGAGACUAGGAGGCUGCAGCAGCUGCAGGCGUGUACUGGCCAGCAGUCCUGCCGCCAGGUGGAGGAGCUGGCUGCCGAGGUCGAGAGGCUCCGGACUGAGAACCAGCGGCUUCGGCAGGAGAACCAGAUGUGGAACCGAGAAGGCUGCCGCUGUGAUGAGGAGCCGGGUACCUAAGGGUGCUUCCCAGCCUGGUGGACCCAAGGAGAAGGUCCCAUUUUGUGCACACUCAGGCCAGUUGGGUCUCAAGGAGGCAGGUGGCAGAUGAAAACCACCGUCAACACCCUUUGCCCCCUGAGAACAGCUAAAUGGGUUCAGACUCCCACCACCGUUUCCACAGUUGGCUCUUUCGUGUCAUCUUACUCUUUACAGAGAAAUUAAAUGGUCUUGGUGGGACCAAAUGGGA